UUGAAUGGAAGCUGACUUGCCCGGAAACAGCCGUGACAGGAAGGAUCCAGACUCUGCUGCAGCAUCUCUCCACACAACAUUCCUGGAGUGACUGCGGGAUGAAAGGAUGAGCGCUGGUCCGGAAUAGACGCAAGGACACUGAAGACCAUGGAGAACAUAGUGUGUUUGUUCUCAUGACUCAGGCGGGACCUCGAAACAACAAAAAGCAGAAGCGAGCCUCUGCAAGUCUCGGUUCAGCAGCGGAAACCUGAACCUGCUCACAAGUGAUGUGAGAUUGAAGAUGCACAACUGCCUUCAUCACUUGGCGACAACUAGAAUUAUGUGCUUUAAAGACCCGUGAAGGGGAAGAGCGAAGAGGUCAGUUCUGGUGGGUCAGACUGAAAGCAGACAUGAAGAUCCACGAGAAGAUUCUGACUCACUACCUGUCCUGCACCUCCCCGGUGGAUAAAGAAGGUUACCUCUUCAAGAAGAAAAAGAGAACUGAAACGUUCCAGCGACGCUGGUUUGUCCUGAAGGGGAACCUGCUCUUCUACCAGGAGAGACCAGCUGACCGACAUCUGCUAGGACUCAUCGUCCUGGAAGGCUGCACUGUGGGCCGCUCCGACUGCACCGAGGAGUUCUCCUUCUCUGUGGUGUUUGAUGCUCCUCAACUGAAGACCUACAGGUUGGCAGCCAUUGACCGCCAAACUCGAGACAGUUGGGUCAAGACUCUGCAGUCGGCGAGCCACUGCUACCUGUCACUGCUCACCAGAGACCUGAAGAGGCAGUACCAAGAAGCAAAGCAAUGUCACGGUUCUGCCGGUGCCAGCUCCUUUGAUCCAGUCUGGGAUCUCAGUCCUGGGAGCCAGACCUCCAGACUCCAGACUCCUCCAGCAGCCAUCAAGCAGACCAGAAGGUUCAGCGCUGGCCCUGUUCUACAGUCCACAAAGGUGGUGACCAGAAAGUCUCCAAAGGUCUGGGCCAGGAGAAACGCUCACGUCACUCCACUGAACGGACCAGCGCCGCUGUACGGAGAGUGGCCUCCUGUGGAAUUUGAUCCACUGGAGGAGUUUGGCAAGCUUCAUGACUAUUAUGGUCGGGAGGUGCAGAAGGUUCGGGAGGACUGGCUGAGGAGCCGGCACAUGGAAGAGGAGCCGGCGGAUGAACAUCUCAUCGACUUUGACUGAAGGACACAAACUAUGGAGA